UCUCCUGCCUCAGCCUCCCGAGUAGCUGGGACUACAGGCACGUGCCACCACGCCUGGCUAAUUUUUUGUAUUUUUAGUAGAGACGGGGUUUCACCAUGUUAGCCAGGAUGGCCUCGAUCUCCUGACCUCGUGAUCUGCCCGCCUUGGCCUCCCAAAGUGCUGAAAUUACAGGCGUGAGCCACUGCGCCCGGCCAGAUAAGUGAGUCAUAGGUAAAAUAUUCUUCACCAGGCGAGGAUUGAGUCGCAGUCGCGUCAGGAACUCGCCUCCAGCCGCUUGCGGCGACUGCAAGCAGCCGCGGCGCGCCCGGCCCGCCCUCUUCCGCUGCCGCUGUGGGAAUGGAAACAUCUGCCCCACGUGCCGGAAGCCAAGUGGUGGCGACAACUGCGCGCCACUCCGCGGCCUACCGCGCAGAUCCUCUACGUGUGUCCUCGCGAGACAAGCUCACCGAAAUGGCCGCGUCCAGUCAAGGAAACUUUGAGGGAAAUUUUGAGUCACUGGACCUUGCGGAAUUUGCUAAGAAGCAGCCAUGGUGGCGUAAGCUGUUCGGGCAGGAAUCUGGACCUUCAGCAGAAAAGUAUAGUGUGGCAACCCAGCUGUUCAUUGGAGGUGUCACUGGAUGGUGCACGGGUUUCAUAUUCCAGAAGGUUGGAAAGUUGGCUGCAACAGCUGUGGGAGGUGGAUUUUUUCUCCUUCAGCUUGCAAACCAUACUGGCUACAUCAAAGUUGACUGGCAACGAGUGGAGAAGGACAUGAAGAAAGCCAAAGAGCAGCUGAAGAUCCGUAAGAGCAAUCAGAUACCUACUGAGGUCAGGAGCAAAGCUGAGGAGGUGGUGUCAUUUGUGAAGAAGAAUGUUCUAGUGACUGGGGGAUUUUUCGGAGGCUUUCUGCUUGGCAUGGCAUCCUAAGGAAGAUGACCUCAUGUUCAUUGUUCCUGGUUUUUUCCAGCCAGCAGCCUCUACACUCCAUCAUAGGACAUCGAGUCCCUCCUCCUCUUCUCCCAUGCCUUCCUCCCUGCCAUGGCAAAUCCGAGUGGCUUCUAUAAGCAUCUGCUGGUACAAGUUAAUGUGGCACCAUGAGCUUGAUGGUGGCAGAAGAGACAAUAGUCCUUAGCUCUCCUCCCAGUACACCCCCUACUUGGUCAGUCUAUAGGUCAACAAGAAGGUUCCUUUACCCCUAUGCAAGACACGUAUGAGAACACAUUGCAAGAUGGCUGACCGUGGAGGAUGAGUGGAUCCUGAAAGGUUGUCCCAAACUGUUGAUUUGGAAAAGAAAUAAGCACAUAGAUAACCUUAUUGUGUGCUGCAUGGAAAGGAACUGAAUACAUUUGCCUUUAAGCAUGAAAGAUUUUGGUAUCUUGGUGUCUACUUUCUUUUUUAGUUGGUUUUACAUUACAGAAAGAGCUAUUUAAAUGUGUUAUAAUUAUGCCGACAAAAUUGGCAGCAUAAUUACUAUAAUUGAAAAAUCUGAUAUUGUCCAGGAAUGUUUUCUACCGUACAGGAUAAUGUAUCUCAUGGCUGUUUCCAAAGGGUUUAUUUAUUGUAAAACAAGUGAUUUAGGUGGGAAAGGGAAGAUUUUGGAUUUUUAUUUCGUAGAAAAGGUUUUAAGCUUUGAAAUGUGAAUGAAAUAUUCUUAUCAAAACAUUAGGGGUGGCCAUAACUCAUCUGUGCCACUUCUACUAUUUUUUUUAAUCUACUUAGUUACAACAUUUAAACCAGAAUUUUAAAGAAGUAGCUUUGCAGGGAUUCAGAAUUAAGAAAGAUAGUGAUAGGACAUGAGAAAUAAAUUUCCAUCAAGUAUAAUCUACCGUCUCAUUAUGACCACAACCCCUAGAAUUAUUCUUUAAAAGCUUACACACACACACACACAUGCACACACGCACACAUAGAAUCUUAGCACAUUUUGCUGUACUGGCAUGUUACCAUGUCUACAGUCCCAACUAGAAUAUCAAUCAGCUUUCAGAGAGCAAGACUUCUGUCUUCACCAUUAUACUCGGGGCCUAGCACUUAAUAGGUGCCGAGUAUUUGUUGAAUAUAUGAAUAAUGACUUUAUAGAAAGAAAACUCACUAUUAAAGGUUAGUUUUACUCAGAAUUGUUAAUCUUGGAGAUGAUCUCUUGUGAAAUAUGAGUGUGUUUCUAAGGCCAUACAUUUAAAAAUGUUUGCAUUUUAACCUGUCUUGAGAAUGAUGUAUUGAAUUUGAAAAUCAAAACUACCAGUGGAUGUGUGGAACUUUACAGAAAUCACCUAUUUGCGUUUUUCUCCUCACAUUUAAGGAAACAUAAGCCAUUUUGCUUGCAAUAUGUAUGAAUCAUCUCAAAACCAUAAUGGUAUGAGCCUCUUUGCUGCAUAUUUUUCUAUAAGAACUUUUUUUUUUCACUUUUUAUUAUGGAUGCUUUCAGGAAUAUAUAAAAGUAGAGAAUAUAGUACAAUAAUCCCCCCAUGUAUCUAUCACUCACAACAAUCAUCAAAUUAUAGCUCUGCUGGUUUUUACCAAUUAUUGUGAAACAAAUAUCAAAAUGUCAUUUUAUCAUAUUUCAGUAUGUAUCUCUAAAAGGUAAGAAUUACUUCUAAAAAUCAUAAAUAUAAUACCUCAUCAUAUCAAACAUUAACAGUAAUUACAUAAUAUCCAAAAUCUGAUCAGUGUUCAAAAUUUCCUCAAGUGUUUUACAUUUAGUUUGUUUGAAUUAAAAUUCAUGCAAGGUUCA